AGAGUAAACGCAGCAAAACCCGCUAAAACCGUGACUGUGAGGCGUUGAAAAAUGGCGUCAGUGGCACACAAGUCCCUACUCUUGAGGCGUGCCUUCACCACUCUCUCAUCUCGACCGCCACAACCACCUCCUCUUCCUUCUCGAAUAUUCCUUCAACCAACCCAAUCUCUCACCUCCACCUGCUCCCUCCCUCACUUCAAACCUCAAUUCCGCUCCUGCACUUCCCGCCUCUCUGCGUUACCCGACAACGCUUCCGGCGGGCCACGUGGCCCUCGCGGCCCCAAUUCCGGCUCCGGCGGAGGUGGCGGAGGAGGAGAAGGAGGAGAAGGAGCAGGUGGAGAAGAUAAGUGGUCCUUCUUGUCAUGGUAUUUGGCUCUUCUUGAAAAAUACCCUGUUGCAGUAAAAGCUAUAACAUCUGCAAUUUUGACAUUAAUUGGAGAUUUGAUUUGCCAGCUUGUAAUAGACCAAUCGCAGUCUAUAGACUUGAAGAGGACAUUCAUUUUCACUCUGCUUGGUUUUAUCUUAGUAGGUCCAACACUGCAUUUCUGGUACUUGUAUCUGAGUAAACUGGUUACACUACCUGGAGCAUCAGGUGUACUAUUGCGGCUUGUAAUUGAUCAGUUCUUAUUUGCUCCCACAUUUAUUGGGGUUUUCUUAGCUACAUUGGUGACACUUGAGGGAGGGCCAUCACAAGCUGUAUCCAAACUUAAACAGGAGUGGUUUUCAUCUGUUGUGGCAAAUUGGCAAUUAUGGAUACCUUUUCAAUUUCUCAACUUCAGAUUUGUUCCACAGCAAUUCCAGGUUCUUGCUGCUAAUGUUAUAUCUUUGGUAUGGAACGUUAUUCUCUCAUUUAAGGCACACAAAGAAGUUCCUACAAAAUAGUUUGAUAUAUGUGGGGAUCAUUCCAAUUCGAGAAGGUGACAAAAUAAUUCAACUCCGUGCAAUUGACGGAUGAGGAAGGAACUACCUAAGUUAUCCAUACCACAUAAUAUAUUAUAAGAUGCCAAAAAUAUGAGACAAUUGUUGUUAAUAAUUAUAAUUAGAGUACUGCUAGGGAGUCAAUGGCCUAAGCGUACAAUGUGUACAAUGGGCUAAUAAACAUUUCAUGUCAUAAAACCACUCAUCCCAAAAGCUUAAACUGAUUUUGGGGUUCACCAAUGAUCAAAUUCUCGACCUUUCGGAUUUAGAACUCUAAUACCAUAUCAUGAAACCACUCAUAUCAAAAACGUAAUCUGACAGGACAAUGUAACACUAAUGGUGAUAUCUCUAAUACUUCUUAAACCUCCAUUGUACACAUUGUACGCUUAGGCCAUUAGCUCCCUAUACUUAUUC